AUGCGUAGAACAGCUGCAGCGUCUAAAGUGCUCCUACCCUGUCUGUAUGCAAAUUGUUUGGGGUCUUCAAAGGUUUUAAGGGAAGGUUCAAGUUUAAGAAGUACUAGUUUUUCCGUAAGAUUUAGAAACGGGGAAGGAAUGACUUUGGGUCUGAACUUUACGUUCUUGCUAUUUCCAGUUUUAGGGACAGGGACUAUUUUAAUGUCUUUCCAUGGAACAGUUACAACCUUUUUAGAGAAAGAAGCAUUUAGGAUGUUAGUGGAGAACAUAAAGCAUCUGCACAUUAUAUUAGAACAUAUGCAGGUAUAUCAUCAGGGCCAAGCCUACGUGAGC